CGAUCACGCGUGGUCUGACCGCCUGGCUGUCCCACUGAUACUAGCGCGAGAUACACAACGUGCUGAAGGGACAUGACCACUCUCGACUCUCUAAAGCGGGCCCUUGGGCAGAAAGCCGCGGCGACGGUGGCGUCCCCGAAGCAGUCGUUGUCUGAUUCACAAUACAGCGCUGGCUUCGAUAUCUUGACUCGGGGCUCGGGCUGGAUGACGUACCGGGACUUCAUUAUUCCUCAACUAUCUCAGCUGCUUGAGCCACUCUUCAACUCGCGCGCUCAUGUCUCUGCUCUAGAAAUCGGACCCGGCCCGAAGAGCAUAUUUGGAUAUCUGCCCGGCCAUCUGAGACGGAAGUUCGGGAGAUACGCUGCAUUUGAGCCUAACGGCUUGUUUGCUACAAGAUUGGAAGAAUGGCUUCGCUCUACAUCGGGGACGGAGUCCCCACUACCCUGUCUGGAAAGACCGCCCGACAUCCAUCGAAGCCCUUUCGUUCUGGACAGCAAUACAGGAAGCGGUACCGGUACGGGCGCGAGCGACGAAGACGAAAAAUUCGACAUCAUCCUGUUCUGCCACAGCAUGUACGGCAUGAAGCCCAAACGAAAGUUCAUCGAACGGGCGCUGGACAUGCUUAUUGAGCGGCCAGAAGGCGGAAUGGUGGUAGUUUUCCACCGCGAAGGGACUCUGGAUCUCGACGGCUUGGUGUGCCACCGAACGGCUUCUUUCCCCACCGGGGCCGUUUGUGUGGCAAAUGACGACGAGGUAUUGGACUAUUUUACCCCUUUCAUCGCGGGGUUCGUCAUGCAGGAUAUGGACGUCGACAAAACUCUCCGAGUUGAGUGGCGCGAGGUGUGCCGCGCCUUGGGUCGUCGUGAGGAAACCCAUCCAGACCAUCUCUUGUUCAGCUCGCCGAACGUCAUGGCUACCUUUACCCAACAUGCGACCAGGUUGCCGGAGCUGAUAGUGCAGGUGCCAUUGGGGAAGAGGGACAAGACGGUUAAAAACCGGCAGGCUCGCCUCCACCGUCCCGCUUCGAUUAUCAGGCCGACCGAGGUUCGACAUGUCCAGCAGUGCGUUCGAUGGGCUCUGAAGCACGGGGUCAACCUGACUGUCGUCGGUGGAGGCCACAGCGGCCACUGUCUCUGGCCCAAUGUUGUCUCUAUCGAAAUGAGCGCCUUCGACCAGGUACACAUUCUCGGGGAAGAUGGAGGAGGGUCCGGUUCCAAUUCCGGUCCCUUGGUCGUCGCCGAGGCCGGCUCCAAGACCGGGGAUAUCGUUCAAAAGACCAUGGCGGCGGGCCUAACAGUGCCCCUGGGAUCCCGCCCAAGUGUCGGCGCGGGGUUGUGGCUUCAGGGCGGCAUUGGCCACCUGACUAGGUUGCACGGGCUCACGUGUGACGCCAUCAUCGGUGCCGUGAUGGUCAGCGUCGACUCUGGCCGGGUCCUCUGCCUUGGCAGUGUACCAAGUCAACACUGCCCGAUUGGUGCCGUCCGCCCGGAAAACGAAAUCGAUCUAUUGUGGGCGAUAAAAGGCGCCGGGACCAACGUUGGCAUCGUGAUCAGCGUUACGUUCAAGGCUUACGAGGCUCCGACCUACUCGGUUCGAAACUGGGUUGUUCCGCUCGCCGACAGACUCGAGGCACGGCUCAGGCUCAGCAAUUUUGACGAGUUCAUCGCCAGGAAGCUCCCCGGGAAUCGUUCUGCAGACGCGUAUCUGUACUGGGACACCGGCCGGCUGCAUCUUGGCGUGACUCUGUUCGAAUCUUCCACGACAAGGCCUACUAUCGAAACCCCGACGCCCACACCCACACCUACGGCCGUGGGUACAAAUUUGGGACUAGAAGACAAUUUCAAGGCUAUGGACGGCGUUGGUGUGUUCGAGGCCGAGAUGUACAUGUCUGGGAUGCACGGAGGGCACGGCGGCGGCAAGACCUCCGCGUUCAAGCGGUGUUUAUUCUUGAAACAUAUCGGAGCGGUUCGCAUCGCCGACAUCUUGGUGGCCGCCGUUGAAAGCCGUCCAUCGCCACUGUGCUAUCUCCAUCUGCUGCAAGGUGGCGGAGCGGUCGGCGAAGUGGGGGCUGAGGUCACUGCCUUUGGCUGCCGAGAGUGGGAGUUUGCCUGCGUGAUUACUGGUGUCUGGCCCCGCGAUCAAGAUGGAACGGAAGCCGCUCGGGCUGCCGUGUCGUGGGUUUACGACGUCGCCAUGGACUUAUUGCCCCUGAGUUGCGGAGCUUACGGCGCCGACCUCGGGCCGGACCCUAGAGACGCCGCGCUGGCGGCCAAGGCUUUUGGACCAAACCGGCCGCGCCUAGCCCGUGUGAAACACAAGGCGGACCCGCACAAUGUGCUGGCUUACGCCUGCCCACUCCCGAAAGCGCCGACGGAACAGAAGCUCAUCGUUCUUGUCACGGGAGAAAGCUGCGCCGGCAAAGACUAUUGCGCCGACAUCUGGGUCUCCGUGUUCACUACAUGUACCCAUAAAGGUCUCUCGGCGCGCGCAGUCAGCAUUAGCGAUGCGAUCAAGCGAGAAUAUGCCGCGGCUACUCAUGCCGACAUAAAUCGCCUGCUUCGGGACCGGGCGUACAAGGAGCAACACCGGCCGGCGUUGGAUACAUUUUUCCGCGCUCAGGUACGGCAACGACCUCGGCUGCCAGAGGAGCAUUUUCUGGAUGUGGUACAUGCCGCCGUGGAUGUCGACGUACUGUUAGUUACGGGGAUGAGAGACGAAGCGCCGGUUGCAGCCUUGUCGCAUUUGGUGCCAGACAGCAGACUGCUCGAAGUUCGCGUCAAUGCUAGCGAAGAGACACGGCGAGUUCGGCGAGGAUGCCACGGCGGUGAUGUCGAUGGCGACGACAACAUAAACGGCAACAAUGCCUUGGACUACCACCCCAGUCUCAUCUUCGACAACGGCACGACCGGAGACGAGUCGGCAAAAAGAUUCGCUGAACAGUACCUGAUUCCUUUUUUUCACGAGGACUUGCAGCGACUGGCCAACAUGGUGCGCUCGAUACCCAGCUUUCCACACCCGGGUAUCGAGUUCCGCCAUGUACUCGGCAUCUCUCAGCAGCCGGGUGGGCUGGCCCUGUGCGCGUCUUUGCUACGAACUCAUUUCACCGGUGACUGGGCUAAAGUCGAUGCGGUGGCGUGUUGCGAGGCCGGCGGCUUUGUCUUUGCAUCGGCGUUGGCAUCGCGGGUUGAUGUACCCUUGGCGCUGAUUCGUCGGGCCGGCAAACUCCCCCCACCUACUGUUUCCACCGUCAAGUCCCCAUCAAAUAUCUCAUCUUUGGCAUCCAACGAUCCAAAGAAUAGGUACGAGAUAGGCCGAGAUUUGAUUCCCAGAGGCGCGUCGGUGGUGGUGGUGGACGAUGUGCUUGCCACCGGGGAGACGCUUUGUGCGGUCCUACGGCUAUUAGAUGAAGCUGGUAUCGGUGCCGAGGACGUCAGCAUCAUGGUCGUGGCCGAGUUCCCAUUUCAUCGUGGGCGGGCACUGCUGCGCCAGCGUGGUUUUGGCAGAAUCAACAUUCAGAGCCUUUUAGUUUUUGCUGGUGCUUAGGAAAGGGUGUACGGCCGCUUCCUCUGGCACUCGACGUUAAUGCUUAUAGGCGCUAGGAGCACUGUACCCGGCAGUAUGCCGACGAAUCGAAUUUUUUUCGUCGUUUCCGACGCGAGUAAAAUCCC